GCUAAGGAUUCUCCGAAACCCAGUUGUCUGUCUUGUCAAGAGGUUACUCUCAUCUCAUUGCUCAUAAUCAAAUCUCACUACAUUAAAAUCCUAGAGUGAAUAAAUGAUGUCUAAUUUUCUCCUCAUUGCAAGAUUAACUGCGUCAUCAUCAUUCACACGCUACAAGAGCACCCAUAUCCCAUUGGGUUCUCUGUUGCAACACAAACACACAGCUUCACUUUUUUUCUUCAAUUCAUUCACUUCAGCUACCUCUUCUGAUUCUGAAUCAGAUGGAAACCACCAUAAAGGUGACACCUUUACUGUGUCGUACCUCAUCAACUCAUGUGGGGUGUCCCCAACACUGGCUAGGGAACUCUCCAACAGGGUCAAUUUAAAAAACCCUAAUGGCCCAAAUGCUGUUCUUGAUCUUCUCAACAACUAUGGGUUCUCCAAAACACAGCUUGCAAAACUUGUGGUGAGACAUCCUUUAGUGCUUGUUGCAAAAGCAAAGAAAACCCUUUUGCCUAAACUCAAGUUCUUUCGUUCUAUUGGGGUCUCCGACACUGACAUGCCAAAAAUCCUGAUUGCUAAUCAUUGUAUCUUGGAGAGGAGCUUGGAAAAAUGCCUCAUCCCACGUUAUGAGUUCCUAAAGAGUGUACUUUGUGAUGAUCGGGAAGUUGUUAGAGCUUUGAAAAGUUCCCCUCUUGGUUUUGUAUAUGGUGACUUAGUGAAUGCCUUGGUUCCAAACAUUAAAAUUUUGAGGCAAUCUGGUGUGUCUCAGGCAUCCAUCUCUUUCCUACUGACCAUUGCUCUGCCUGCAGCAUAUGUGGAGCAUUCCAGAUUUGUGGAAGCUGUGAAGACAGUUAAGGAAAUUGGGUUUAGUCCUUUGAAAACAAAUUUUGUCGUGGCUAUUUCCGUGCUUACAACUAUGAGGAAAACAGUCUGGAAUUCAAGGUUUGAGGUUUAUGAGAGUUGGGGCUGGAACCGUGAAAUGGCUCUUCGAGCAUUUAGAAAGUUUCCUGGUUUUAUGAAGUUUUCAGGGGAGACGUUUACCAAAAAAAUGAGUUUCCUGGUGAAGGAUAUGGGUUGGCCAUCUGAAGCUAUUGCUGAAUAUCCUCAAGUUGUAGCAUACAGCUUGGAGAAGAGAAUUAUCCCUAGAUUCUCUGUUAUCAAAAUCUUGAAAUCAAAAGGUCUGCUUGAGAAAAACAUGCACUUUAGUUCCAUUAUUUGCACAGCUGAGGAAAAGUUUUUGGAGAAAUUUGUCGUCAAUUUUCAGAAAAUUUUGCCUUUCUUACCAGAUGUUUACAGAGGUUUGAUCAAUCCUUCAAAUGUAUUGUAGUCUUUGAAUGUUUUUACUGAUAUGGUUCUAAGUUCCAACUUUUUUUAUUUCAAUACUAAAUUGAACUUGAGUUUAGCCUGCUUUCACAUUUUGUGCCAACAUUUUGAGUUUUAUUGUUUUUAGGUAGAGGGACUUUUGGUCAGAUUUAUAGGAUGAUCCGAUGCUGAUUAUUUAAACUAGUAUAUAAAUCGCUUUACUGGUGAUUUACAAGUUCAA